AUGAAGCGAGUUUGCGGCAUCCCCCUUUUUGUACUCUUACUAAAUUUAUACAUUCACCAAAAUAAUGUCGUGAGCAACGAAAUUGUUAAUUUUAAAAAUUCCAACUUGAGGAACGGAUGGGCAGGAAAAGAAGUUACCCUCCAGGAUGAACAAAACGGUCUAGACGCAAAAGACGGUGCUGAAGUGAACGCAAAUGAAGAUCAAAGCGAAUUGUUACCUAAACCUGGAGCACAAAUGCAAAUACAAGGACAGGAAACCAAUGAAAAAAACCAAAAGCAAAUUGAUAAGGCUAACAAAGCAAAAGAAGAUGCCCUAAAAGAAAAAGAAGAAGCAGAAGCUGAAGUGAAAAAAAUAGCAGAAGAACUAAAUAAAGUAAAAGAGGCAGAAGCAGAAAUAAAAAGUACAGUGGAAAAAUUAAAACAAGUAGCAGAAGAAGCAAAGAAAGCAGCAAUUGAUAAAGCAGACAAAACAGAAAAAAAAGCAGAGGAAGCAGCAAAGGCAAAAGAUGAUGCAAAGGCAGCAAAUCAAAAUGCUAAAAAUGCAGCCGAAAUAGCAAAGCAUGUUGUAAAUGCAUAUGAAGCAAAAAAGGAAGCAGACAAAGCACAAAAAGAAGCAGAAAAGGCUAAGGCAGAAGCAGAUACUGCAAAUAAUGAAGCCACAAAAUUAAUGGAAAAAUAUAAAGGCGAAAAAACAGAAGAAAAGGAAAGGCUCGAAACAGCGAAGAAGAAAGUAGAACAAGCAGUGAAAAAAAUACAGGAAGCAUUGGAAAAGAUAAAAAAAGAGCUGGAAAAUACAACAAAAGCCAAAAGUGAAGCAUCUGAAGCUGCAACUAAAGCUGCAACUGAAGCUGCAAAUAAAAUUGUAAAUAAAGAUGCAACUGAAGUAGAGAAAGCAAUAACAGACAAAGCACUAAUAGAUGUAAAAAAUGUAAAAAACAUAGCAGAUAUGGCUAAAAAAGCAAUAGAAGCAGCGAAACAAGCCACGAAAUUAAAAGCAGAAGCAGAAAUACAAGCAGGAAUAGCAAAAAUUAAAGUCGCUUUGGAAGACGCAAAAAUAGCAGCAAAGGAAGCUGGAAUAGCAAAAAACUGA